UUUUCAAUUCAAAGUGCCUCUGGGCGAAAGAGAGGGUUCAUCAUCGUCAAUAAUUACGUUCUCUUUAAAAGGCCCAAAUAGAUUUGCAGACCAAAGAAAGAAGAAGCCACUCUCUCUUUGCAGAAACAAACAUCAACUUUACUCCUGAAUUCUCCAGAAGAAGAAGAGAAGGUGGUGGUUAGGAUCUAAAAGCUAAUGGCGAAGAUCAAGCCUCAAGCUCUAUUGCAGCAAAGCAAGAAGAAGAAAGGACCUGCUCCUAUUAGCAUAACCAGCAUCGUGAUUUACACCUUGGCCGUGCUUUUGGUCGUCUUCGUCCUCUUCUCCGCCUACAAACGUUGGACCCUCAGAUCCGAGAUCCCAACGCACAAUGGUAGAUCACUUCUUCAGGAUCCAGCCUUCCCUGGAGUGAAGAAGAAUACUAAUCUCCCAUGGUUUGCUACCUUGGAUACUGGCAAAGGUUCAGUGACCAUUGAACUGUUCAAGGAUGCUGCUCCCAACGUUGUUGACGAAUUCAUCAACUUAUCUCAAGAUGGGUAUUUCAAAGGUUUCUUAUUCAGUAGAGUUGUAAAGCAUUCUGUCAUUCAAGCUGGCCACUCUGCUCAGUUCGAUGCUGUCAAAGAUUGGGUUCUCCAAAAGAAUAGUCUUCAUACCAGUUUAAAACACGAAGAAUACAUGGUGGGGACCCCUAAAGCUAAAAACGAGCAAGGAGGAUUUGAGUUUUUCAUUGUAUCUUCUCAGAUCACAGACCUCAAUGAGAAAUUGACAGUCUUUGGUCGAGUUGUGAAGGGACAAGACGUUGUUAAGGAGAUCGAGGAGGUUGAGAUAGAUGAGCAUUAUCAACCAAAAGCACCAAUCGAGAUCAUGUCCGUCACUUUGCUUCAAGACAUGUGAAACCUGCUUUAUUACUUCUUUGUAUUAGAAAAAACUCCAAAGUGAAUCUUGAUGUAUUAAUGCUUUUGUAAUUUGAAUACUUUUCAUCACCUCAUUUGCAACACAAAGUUUUCAAGUUUCUAUCU